CCGUAUAAAGCCUGCAAGCUUCAGACUUUGGUCACAACCAGUCUUCGACGUCGUACGGAGACAACAUGAAGCUCACGGUUGUUCUUGUGGCCUCACUGGCCGUGGUCGCGUUUGCCACCGAGGAGAAAGGCACGAAACAAGCGGCGGCUGAAGAGAAGAAGCAAGAAAAGAGAGGAAUUUACGACACCGGUUCCUACGGCGGUUACAGUGACGGUGGUCACGGUUUCGGCGGCAGCAGCGAAGGUCAGAGCUAUGGCGGUGGUCAUGAAGGAUACAGCUUCGGUGGACAGGAGGGUAGCUUCGGUGGACAGGAGGGUAGCUACGGAGGUCACGGCGGCGAGGAGUUCGGAGGAGUGUCUGGUGACUCGUGGAAACCCAUCUCAAACGAUGAAGGUCACGGACAUCAUGAGCAUGUCAAAACCAUCGAAGUAAUCAAGAAGGUGCCCGUCCCUUACACCGUAGAGAAGCACGUACCUUACACCGUCGAAAAGAAAGUCCCCUAUGAAGUCAAAGUACCCGUACCACAACCCUACUCUGUCGAAAAGAGAGUACCGUACACAGUCAAGGAAUACGUUAAAUACCCAGUAUACGUACCCGAACCCUAUACAGUUGAAAAGAAGGUCCCAUAUGAAGUGAAGGUCCCAGUCGACAAGCCCUUCGAAGUCAAAGUGAAAGUGCCAACUCCUUACACCGUUGAGAAGAAAGUACCCUACGAAGUGAAAGUACCCGUUCCUCAGCCCUACACUGUUGAGAAGAAGGUGCCAGUUCCAGUUAAAUACGAAGUAAAAGUACCCCAACCCUACGAAGUCGUUAAGAAGGUGCCUUAUGAAGUGAAGGUCCCCGUCGACAAACCAUACCACGUAUACGUUCCCAAACCAUACCCGGUGACUGUUGAGAAACCUUACCCGGUUACAGUUCACAAGCCAGUACCAUAUGAAGUCAAGGUCCCGGUCGACAGGCCUUACAAGGUGGAAGUUGAGAAACCGUACCCAGUACACAUUAAGGUGCCAGUGCCUAAGCCUUAUGACGUGUACAAGAAAAUCCCUUACACCGUCGAAAAGGAGGUUCCUUAUGAAGUGAAGGUGCCUAUUGACAAACCUUACCCCGUGUACAAAGAUGUGCCAGUACCUCUAGUGAAAGAGGUUCCUUACCCAGUUAAGGUCCAUUAUCCAAUUUACUUCAAGAAGGAACAGGAACACGGUCAUCACGGCUGGCACUAAACUAUCGUACUGUAAUAUCUCACUCAGUACCUUAUAGGCUAAGUUGAAAUUGUGAUCGUUUAGAAUUUUCUAGUGUACAUAUAUAUCAUUGUUAAGAUCUUGGUGCUCGCUCACGUCCGUAUGGUUGUGAUUGAAGAUGAUUUUUUUUAUUGAGAAUGUUGAAGAUCUGUUGUUACUUAUUUAGCUUUUUUAUGCUUUGUUUAUUUAGUUAUGAAUUUGGUCGGUGACGAGUAAUCAAGAUGAGGCUGAUCAAUUAAUAAAAUAUAUUGAAAUGUU